AUGGAGGCGUCUGCCGGGGACCAUGGGAGCACAGGACAAGGGGACCGCAAGGAAGACAUUAACGAGCCCAAGGACACGUGUGUGGGCCCUUGUAAUGCAUCCUGCCACAGCGAGCAGAAACAGGGUGGUGACAGCAAGUCAGAUAGCCAUUUAACACACCCAGGAGAUGCCAGGGAAGAUCACAGCCCCAGAAUGACUAAAGGUUUCCUGCAGAAACUCUGUAAACAACACAAGCUUUACAGCACCCCAGCGCUGAACGACACACUCUAUUUACACUUCAAAGGCUUCGACCGCAUCGAGAACCUGGAUGAGUACACGGGCCUGCGCUGUCUUUGGCUGGAGUGCAACGGGAUACAGAAAAUCGAGAACCUAGAUGCCCUCACCGAACUGCGGUGCCUCUUCUUGCAAGUGAACCUGAUUCACAGAAUCGAAAACCUGGCACCUCUGCAGAAACUGGAUGCUCUGAACCUCAGCAACAAUUACAUCAAGACCAUUGAGAACCUGGCUUGCCUGCCAGUCCUGAACACUCUGCAGAUGGCACACAACAAAUUGGAGAGCGUGGACGACAUUCAGCAGCUACAGGACUGUCCCAAAUUGUGCGUCCUUGACCUUUCCCACAAUCAUCUGCAUGACCCAGAGAUCCUGAGCGUUCUCGAGAGAAUGCCCAAUUUGCGUGUUCUGAACUUGAUUGGAAACCCAGUGAUUAAGCACAUCCCUAAUUAUCGGAGGACAGUCACUGUUCGGUUAAAGUGCUUAACAUACCUGGACGACAGACCGGUUUUUCCAAAAGACAGAGCUUGUGCAGAGGCCUGGGCUCGGGGCGGGUACGCGGCGGAGAAAGAGGAGAGACAGCACUGGGAGACCAGAGAGCAGAAGAAAAUUGCAGACAGCAUAGAGGCCUUGGCGAUGAUCAAGCGGCGGGCUGCGGAGCGGAGAAAACAGAGAGAAGCCCAGGAGAGAGGUACGAGCCCCAGGAAGGAGGCAACCGUCGCUGGAAUCGGUGAUGUGGCUGCCAUAGAAGAAAAGGAAGGGCCCCCUGUGGACCAAGUCACAAGGCACAAAAUGGAGAUGCUCGUGAGGGAAAGCUUCGAGGCAAAGGACGAACUCUUCCCAGAAAAGGCCAGUGUUGAGAGGGAACUUGACCAGGUGGCCGAGAGUCUGGAACCAGAAGGGGCACUCCCAGCUGAGGCUUGGAGCCCACCAGUGGGCGCCGCAGCAGAAGAAUCGACUCUCCGCCUCGUGACCACCGAGGGCACAACCGUCACAGAACUUGGUGGACCAGAAGCGGUUGACACUGCCAGACUGGAGGCCCACGAGAAGCUCUUCAUUGAUGACCUACCGGACUUGGAAGAUGUGGAUGCCAGUGAAUUUCUCAGCCAACAGGACAAGAAAAUGUGCUUUCCGAAGAUUGAAAGCAUCCCGAGCUCGUGUGAGGACAGUGACCUGGAACUGGACCACACGUCCCUCCCAGUGUGGGAAAACAUGUCCACAGACACCCUUUCCAAUAUAUUCGCAAUUCCAAAAGACACCCCAAAGAAGGCUGAAGCCCCCAUUACAGACAUAUUUCAAAUCAAAGCAGAGGGGGUCUCAGAAAGUCAAAGCGAGAACACGGCAUCGUCCCAACCACUGAUCCAAGAACUCAGGGACCAGCCUUCAGAGCAGCUGCUGCCGUCCCUCACCUGUGAAAGCCAUGCUGUGCUCCCAGCUUCUCCACCAGGGAUCAGUGAUGCCGAGAAGGAAGUGCUCUCAGAGCACAAGCCUUUGGAGCCCCGCGAGGGAGACAAAUGUGAGGACAUUGAAUUUGGACUGGACUGA